AUGUCUAAUUUUCAACGUACACGUAGCAAAGUCUGGUGGGGUGAUUCACCGCCCGAUAUCGGCAGUCCAGUGGCACCGCAGGCCGCGUGGAACCAAAACAAUAGAAGGGACGAACAAGAUUGGGAGCCUCAACUCCCACAUUGGAUUGCUAACCAACCGGAACAAAGGAACAAUAGCGUUGAUAAUAUUGCAGAACCGAAUAAUGUGCAAAUUAAUCAUUGGCCACUUCGCCACGGAAGCCCCGGUAGUCACAAAAGUCAAGAUUCUGGCUUCUCAGAUUCUGACAGCUCCCCCCCAAACUCACAGUACUACCCAGCGGCUGAUAACAGUGAAUCUAAAGAUAAAUCAUCAAACAGCAGUGACUCGAAUAACAAUGAAAAUAUAACCGUAAAACAGGCGAUUGACUUUCAAAACACUGUGCAUAGCAGAGAUGUUGUUGACAAUUCCAGACUGUCAAACAAUGACAGCAAUGUAACUCCAACCCCAAAGCCGCGAUUACGGAGUAGCAGCGUCAUACAAACUCCGUACGACUUACAGAAAUAUUACGAAGUUCACCACGACGAAGAACAUAUGGAGUUAUUAAGAGAUAAUGAUAAUAAUAAUUCAAAAUAUCCAUCUUCAACAAAUGUCAAUAGUAAUUCUUAUGAAAAAGAAAAUUCAAAUAAAGUCAUCGAGAAAACUAUAUCACAAAAAUUAAAUACAGUAGAAAACAAGCAAAUAAACGAAGAAACUGUAACUUACAAACGUACAAUCCAAAAAGAUACCAAAGAAGUAAAUGUUAUAAGUCCUUCCAAAAAAUAUCCUAUUAAGAAAUCUUUUGUGUCUAGUACAGAAAGUGAUAGUACGAAAAUUAGUAAAGUGGCUAAGGUGAAAGACUUGGAGACGAGUAAGAAUACUAAAUCAGAUGAAAGUUUGGAAUAUAUCAAGUUAUCUCAUGAUAACGAAAUUGCAGUAAACAAUCAACCGAGAAUGCGUACACCUAUCUCCAACGUUUCUUAUGUGCCCACUGAAAGAAUUUCAAUAUCAAAAUCAGAAUACAAAAGAAGUAUGUCAAACGAAGACUAUAAUCCCAUAAGCACAACGCCUAAAUUUCAAAGAAAUAGACUAAACCAAUCCUUAAAUUUUGAAGCUCAGAGACUAGAUCAACAAAUAUUGGAUAUUCAAGAAGGUUAUCAUUCAUUGGGAUACAUAGAUGAAAAUGAUCCACUUAAAAAUGAAAAGCAGUAUCAAAUGGAACAAGUUCACAGACCUGCAAAAGCUUUGUUAGGUAAAAACAUCAUGGACAGUCUCCACUUAAAACCAAAUAAAAAAGUUGGUCCAAAAGCUAAACAGAGGAUGGGUAAAACGGACAAAACAAAAGAAUUAUUUAGGAUUCUUCCUGCUAAAAAAGAGAAGCCAGGUAUCGUUGAUACACACGCUGGUGGGGUUUUAGAUGGAAGUAGAGUUCCAUCUCUUGGUCUACCGAGGUCUGAAGAACAGAAUUCCUGGGUGGUUGUCGGUUACCCGGAAAAAGAAGUUCUUAUACCACACUAUAAUGAAAGAUUAGUCACUACUGAAAGUGACAUCAAUUUAAAGUCCAAAGAUAACGUUGAUGAGGAAAUUAAUUAUGUAAAAACACGAAGAGUCACUCCGCCUCCACAGUUUAGGGACAAACAAAAAAUACCUUACGAAACCGAUUCAAAAUCUGAUAAAGAUUUAACACACGACUCCAAACGAGAGAAGUUAAAAGAUGAUAUAAAUUUCACGGAUGUGCAAUUAAAUUUAGCAUGUACCUCGACACCAAAAAUGUUAACCCCUCACGAGUUUAUGACUAGUCCCCAAGCUUCAAAGAGUAAUAAGAAAGGUUCUUUGAGAGUGAAUCUAUUAAGCGACUUCAAUGGCGGAUUGGUUCUAAACAAUCAAAACGAAAUAUUAUACAGAGAAAGAAGUAUAGAUCAGACAACAUUAGAGAGGUUAUGCGAUAGGAAACCGGAACCAGUUCAGUACUGGCUCUGUGAUCUAAUUGGUUCCAAUGAAAACGAAUGUAUGACUACUCUGCAGAGCAAGCCUAUCGGUACUGAGAUGAAAGCUUUAGUAUCUGCCAGUUCUGCGACUAUCACAGGGAAUAUUAAGAAGGUGCAAACGCACGGACAAAUUAUAGUGCAUCAAUAUAGCGACGUUAUAAGACAAAUGGAAUCAAAUACAACGAGUGAAGAACAAAUAUGUCUUCUAGUGGCGAAUAUCAACGAAUUCGUUCUAGCCCAUAGUAUAACCCUAAACACAAAACCACCUGGUGAAACGCCAGAAAGAUGGGACAAGAUCAAAGUGUCUCUGCAGUUGUACCUGCAAAAACUGAUCGAUAUAGGAGAGGAUGUGAAGCUGGAAUUAAACGAGAGCAACCCGGAAUGGAACCUAGUUCAGAAACAUCUAGACACGCUAAUAGGGAUCUUCCUGGAGACAACGAAAGCUGUUCUGGUGCAACAAAUGAAGACUCUAGUAUCUAUAAUCGAAGAACCACCAUCCGACAUGAUCCUUAAAAGCACUCUCACCUCUAUCGGUCAUUUGGCGAUGCUGAGUGAAAACACGGAGAGCUCUUUGCACGAGAAAUGCGUCGACAUCAUGAGGUGUAUUACGGAAUUGCCUUUUGUCGACUGCGGAAUACCACGGGCCCUUUUAACGGCCAUCAUCGAGAGCAACAAGAGUUCUAUCAAGGCGUUAUCGUUGCGUGCACUCGCGACUGUUUGUGUCACCGCGGACGCGGUCAAACAAUUCGAAGAGGGAGGAGGAAUAGAAAUCUUGUCAGAUAUUUUGUCAGACAGAUCGAACCCCGAACCUCAGAUGCGGGAAGCUAUCACAGUUCUCACACAAAUAACGGCGCCAUGGCUACGAGGACAUUAUGAUCUUACACAACUACAUUUAUAUCUAAACUCGAUCGUCGAAAAUAUUACUGCUAUACUUUCCCGUACCGAGUGCUGUCAACUCCUGCUCCUUUGUACGGCCUGCCUCGUCAACUUAGUAAGAGAGUUGGAGUUAGAGAGAAAUGAGAACGAGAACAACAAAUCUGAUAUAGUGGAAGUGAUAACUCGACAUCGUACAGUCGAAAAACUACUGGAAGCUGUGAAACGUCGGGGACCGAAUAUCUCCGUGUUUUUGCAGGAGCAGACGGCAGCGCUGCUGGCGUCGUUGAGCCGCGCGGCGCGCUGCGUGCUGGCGCUGUCGCGGCUGCGCGGCGCGGGCGCGGCGCUGCUGUGCUUCGCGCGCGCCGCGCCGCCCGCGCUCGCGCCGCGCCCCGCCGAGCUGCGUGCGCACGCGCGCCUGCACUGCCACGCCGCGGACGCACUCGCCAGGCUGACAGUGGUACCAGAAGUUGCCCAACAAAUCGUUCAGUUGGAAGGCGUUCCUCAUCUUAUCCGUUUGGUUAGGAUGCAACGAACGCGCCCUCCCGUGGAAGUGAACCCGGACCAAACACUAAUACACUGUCUAAAAGCCCUUAGAAACAUAUACAAACAUCAUCCAGAGGCUUUUGAUGACCAGAAAGAUGUUGACGAAAUGAUCAGACCACACUUAAUGGAGUCCCUAAUGCUUUUUUCUGCUAAACAAGAAAGCUAUGUUUAA